CGUCUGCCCUGGCAUCAAUCUAGUCUGAGAGCGACUUUUAGGACUGACGGACUACCGCUGCUGGACUCUUUUGGGAAAACUUGGUUUCGCUUCUUGCGCGCCCCAACUUCUUUUUCUGUGUGUGUGUGGAAAUACAAGCUACCCGCUCUAAAUCGUCUGGGAAGAUGCUGCUCCUACUACUGGGAAUCAUCCUGCUGCACGUCGCCGCUCUGGUUCUCCUGUUCGUGUCAACAAUUGUCAGCGUGUGGACGUCAGGUGAGACUAGCACCUCAGACCUCUGGAUAAACUGCUCUACUGCCAAUGGAGACUACCACUGUGACCCAGCAUCAACUGGAGAGUGGAUCCAGGCGGUCCAGGCUCUCAUGAUCCUCUCCAUCAUCUUCAGCUGCCUGUCUCUCAUCCUCUUCUUCUGCCAGCUCUUCACUUUGCAGAAGGGCGGACGCUUCUUCCUCACUGGAACCUUCCAGAUCCUUGCCAGUUUGUUCGUGAUGAGCGGAGCCAUCAUCUACACAGUGAUGAGUCCGGGGUGGGUGCCGGAGACAAACUCCUUCGGCUACUCCUACAUCCUGGCGUGGGUGGCCUUCCCUUUGGCGCUGAUCAGCGGACUCAUCUAUGUCAUCUUGAGGAAGCGAGAAUGAGCCAUCACUCCAUCCCAGUGUUCCCAGUAACCCUCUGCCCCACUGCAAGUGUCACCAUUUCCCCUCUAAAGUCUAAGUUCUGAUGCCUAAGUACCAAUGGUCAAUGGAGCCAACGGGCCAAUGCACCCAGAUCACAUCAAAGGGGGGUAAUACCAAAAAUCUACAUGCAAACCAACACACAAACAACCAAUAUUGUCUCGUUUAAAAGAUGUAUAUAGUAUCUAUGGUUUAAACCUAUUUAUAACACUUUUUACAUAUAUGUACAUAGUUUUUGUGUUGCUCUAUCAACGGAUACUCGUAUGAGCUUUGUUUUAGCUGAUUAAGUGCCUCAGUGUUUGUUUGUAAUGAUGAAAUAAUUAGACGCUGUUUUGUUGUGUUUUGUUUUUUUUGCCUUUUUUGUUUGGUAACUGCCAAAGAAUCAGUAAAAAUGAAAAAAAGUUUCUUGAAGUAUAUUAACGAAAGUGCAUGUAUAGGAAUAGAAGGGUUAGGAAGAUUUUUUUUUUUUUCGAUAGGCUUGCUUUCCAAAAAGAGUGGUUACAUCCAUGGACGUAGCAUAGCCAUGAAAUAUAGAUUUGGUCCUUUUCUAUUUUGUGAAUUUGCAAGUUUCAGUGUUUUUAUUUUCGGUAUUUUUUCUAUUUCUUAUUUUCAACAAAAGAUGGUGCUAUAUAUUUAUCAUUCCUAUUAUGAUAGCAAUCAUUUACAACAGAGCUAUUUUGUUAUUGUUUAGAGUCAAACAGCUUGCCAUUAAUUAAAAAUGAGAACCAGAGAGAGGUACACCUGUACAUACAGUGCCUGACUGCUUCUUUAGGGAACACAGCCUAUAUCACAUUGCAGUGUCUGACUUUUUUUUUUUUCCUUCAUCAGCUACUGUAAAAAAAACGAAUAGUUGAGCUUGGGGUGGUGCAUUGAUGAAAUCAAAAGUCAUUUGGAAUGUCAGUGUUAUGCAAGUUUGUGAAGAGUUCAGUAACGGUGAAAUUACUUUACAUAAGCUUUAUUUUAGCUCUAUUUUUCUCACUUUCCCCUCAUUCGGACGUCUGUGUUCACCCCGUGACCAUGGCUGUUAAAGUCUCAAGAAGUCGAAUCGCCUAUUUAGUACAGUACCCUUGAAGACAAUAACACUGUGGGAUAUUAUAGCCUAAGAGAAAAAGUAUAAGUCUAACAUUACUAGAAACAAAUGCCACUGAGUUGAAGCCAUAUAAAAAAACGCUUGAUGGUAGGAAAAACAUUUGGUAUUAACUUUAUAUGUGAGAAAAGGAAAGAGGUUUUGCAGUGAUGACACAAAUGUCUGUUUCACAUACUUGAAGUUUGACAUGCUGCAGUCUCUGCCCACUGACGUCUAUAUGUUAUCUUCUCUUCUACUGUAUAAAACUGUUUAUACUGUUUAUAUGUCGUGCAUAACAGAUGUUGCUGACGAUCUAGCCGAAAACACUCACUUACUCAAUAAAACUACUCUCCUAUUAUCUAAUACUGUGUAUUCCACUGUUACAAGGGACUGGAUUCACACUAACACGUGACGCACGAGGAGCUAGAAAUGACAUAGUGCAGAAUUUCAGGUCAUUUUCUGGGCUGUUAUGCUGUCUGCCUGUAAACUACGAAACACACACCUCUGGGCUACCCAAGCAUCACGUGGAAAAUAUGCCAGUAAAUGGUAAUUCUGAACCAUCCGUGGUGAUGAAUCUGUUAGAACUGACAGUAACUGCACGAUUUUAGGCUGCUAGACAUCAGCAAUUGAGAUACAGAGUAGCCAAGCCAGCCCGUGUUACAGUGCGCGAUCAUACUCUGGUGUACCAGAUAAGCUGCCUUGUGCGUGUAGCUGCAAAUGCUGUAUGUGACUUCUGUAAAAGCACGGCGGCUGGCACCUGAUGCCAGUUAUUCAGAACAUGCAGCUAGUGUUUCAGUGUCAACAGUGUCUCUCAUAGCAUCAGAAACAAGAGGACUUGGACGUGUCGUGCACACUGUAAGCAAGGGUACGUCGUCCUCCACUUGACAUUUCCCGUGAGAUCCUGUGGCCUUCCAAGACAGAGCUAUGUUGUGGUGGAAUAAAGAAUUUAAUUCAGAGCUUACACUAGCAAGUCUGCUGUGGGUUUUAGAUGCUCAUUACUGGGUUCAGUUAGAAGAGAUUGCCUCUAAUGACAACUGCCCUCUUUAUGAUUUUGUGUAAAGCUACAGAGUUCAAUUGUCUGUACCAUGUUUACACCUAAACUUCCAAAUGCUCUUGAUAUUACCAAAGCUACUUUGAGUUUAAUCAUUAAAGGAUGUUUCU